CCGCCCCGCCCCGCCCGGCCGCGCCGGCGGACAGUGGGUUAAGCAUCUCCGCCGUGGAACUUCCGGAUGUGACCACAGAGAGGGAGAGACCGGGAGCGGGGAGCGCGGCUGCCAGCACCCACGAGCCACCGCCGGACCCCCGCUGUCCCGGGCCGUCCCCCGCCCCCCCACGGUCCCUGGUCUGGUCCGUCAGUCUCUGGCCGGUUCGAUUCCCCCCGGAGCCGGGGAAGGGCGGGGCGGGGCGGGGAGGGGGUCUCGGGCGCCCCGCCCGCGCCUGCUGCCCCGGUCCCAGCGGCGAUGCGCCCCUGGCCGUGACCCCCGCUGGGGGCCGGGGCCGGGGUCCAUGCACGGAGCCCCCACCCGGCCCGGCGCCUGCCGCUGACGGCAGCGGGGGUGGGGGGGCGCGCGCCCGGCCUCCUGCCCACCCCCUGGCAUCGGCUCCGCGGGCCGUCGGGGGCUGCGGCCCCGGGCUGCGCCCUCCCCCGCGGCCAGGCUCUGGAGGGACCCGGGAGCUGCCGCCGGCCUCAGCCCAUGGCCCGGAAGUACGAUGAGCUGCCACACUACCCAGGCAUCGCAGAUGGCCCUGAAGCCCUGGCUGGCUUCCCGGAGGCAGUGCCCGCAGCACCAGGGCCCUAUGGCCCACCCCGGCCUCCCCAGCCCCUGCCCCUCGGCCUGGACAGCGACAGCCUGAAGAGGGAGAAGGAUGACAUCUACGGACACCCGCUCUUCCCCCUCUUGGCCCUGGUCUUUGAGAAAUGUGAACUGGCUACCUGCUCUCCCCGAGAUGCGGCCAGCACUGGGCUGGGGACGCCCCCCGGCGGUGACGUCUGCUCCUCCGAUUCCUUCAACGAAGACAUCGCUGCCUUCGCUAAGCAGGUUCACUCGGAGCGGCCCCUCUUCUCCUCCAACCCAGAACUGGACAAUCUGAUGAUCCAGGCCAUCCAGGUGCUGCGGUUCCACCUGCUGGAGCUGGAGAAGGUCCACGACCUGUGCGACAACUUCUGUCACCGCUACAUCACCUGCCUCAAGGGAAAGAUGCCCAUCGACCUGGUCAUCGAGGAUCGGGACGGCAGCUGCAGGGAGGACUUCGAGGACUACCCCGCCUCCUGCCCCAGCCUCCCAGACCAGAAUAAUAUAUGGACUCGAGAACACGAGGAGAGCGGGUCUGUACAUUUGGGGACUCCGGGUCCAUCCAGCGGGGGCCUGGCCUCCCAGAGUGGGGACAACUCCAGUGACCAAGGAGACGGGCUGGACACCAGUGUAGCCUCUCCCAGUUCUGGUGAGGAAGGUGAGGACUUGGACCAGGAGCGACGGCGGAACAAGAAGAGGGGGAUCUUCCCCAAGGUGGCCACCAACAUCAUGCGAGCCUGGUUGUUCCAGCACCUCUCGUCUGGGGCUCGCUUGGCCUCCAUCCUGGGGAGCGCAGAGACGCUGAGACGCGCCAGCUCUCCCGACCUCUACCUGGGCCUGGGCGCCCCAUCCCCGGGACCCCGGCGGGUCCGACUUUGGGAUUCAGACCGCGGCCGGCCAGGCAGGCAGAGUGACUCUUGCUGGUGGCUGCAGCACCCGUACCCGUCGGAGGAACAGAAGAAACAGUUGGCGCAGGACACGGGGCUCACCAUCCUGCAAGUCAACAACUGGUUCAUUAACGCCCGGAGACGCAUUGUGCAACCAAUGAUCGAUCAAUCCAACCGCACAGGGCAGGGUGCAGCCUUCAGCCCAGAGGGCCAGCCCAUCGGGGGCUACACCGAGACGCAGCCACACGUGGCCAUACGGCCUCCCGGAUCAGUGGGGAUGAGUUUGAACGUGGAAGGCGAAUGGCACUAUCUGUAGAGGCAUCCAGCCUCCGCUGUGCCCACCAGCCUCACACUGGCUCUGGUUCCCACUGGUCCUCCGGCUUCAGGACCCCACCUCUAAAGGCCCCUCCACUCAACGCCUACCUCCCCGGGGCCCUGCUGGGACAUGGGGGCCUGACUGCCCACCCAAGGGGCUGGCUCUCAAGGACACCGCCAAGGGCUCCAGCUCCCGAGCCCCACUUCUGCCUUCACUUCUGCCUGGGACCCACGCUGGACUCCUGGGCCUUGGUGUCUGGAAGAUGGCGGCUGGGGCCUCACCGCCAGGACAGAGAAGGGACGGGGGUGGCUGGGCAGCCAGGGAAGGAGGGUUGCCCGGAUCUGACAUUUUGGAGAGAUUCCUUCACCCUCCUGUGCCCCCGCCUCCCCUCUAAUUUCUUCUUCUUUUUUUUUUUAAUGAUAAAGUCUUAAAAACAC